UUAUCCUAUAUCAUGAUAUUAUGUUCAUUUUAAUUUAUUUAACCAAAUAUUUAAAUAAAAUUCUUACUUUACUAUUAUUCUGUAUGUUUAUAAUUAAUUCAAAUGAAUCUAAUCAAAAUUUAUUGGAUAUAAAUAAUUAUGUAAACAUUUCAUUAUUGAAAAUUACUAAUAAAAUAAAACAUUCUAAUUCUAGAAAUAAACGUCAUAUUGAUCCAUCUAUACCAAUUGUAACAUCAAAUAAUUUAAUUUAUUCAACUGAAUUAAGAAUAAUUGCUAGUGCUGUAUGUAAAUCACAUUGUUUACAAAGAUGUUCAGAGAAAUUAAUAAAAGAUUCAGUGAAAGACAAUAUGAUCGAAGAGAUUGUGAAUAACUUAAUGAAAUUUCCAGUUCAACUUCGUGAUAAAUGUAGUCAAUUGUCUCCUGGAUUUUUGUAUUAUGAUGAAUGUGAACAGGCUUGCGAUUCAGAUCGCUUUUACAGUGACUGCAUAAAAAUGUGCGAGUCUGGUGAUUCACCUAGUGGAUGGUCAUGUCUUACUGGUUGCCGAUCCUUAGACGCAGCAUUGAAGAGACGCUCUGGUGAUUGCCCCGAACAGAUUGGCCUCGCAAUUCACCGCAUACCAAAUUUAGUAUCUGUCAAAAAUGAUGUUCAGAAUUAUCCAUCACAUGAGUCUUCCGAAUCUUCACAGUUUAAUUUGGACAAACCCAUCUCUUUAGCUGAGAGCGACAACGGAUUAAAAACCAAUAUGCUGGAGAAUUCUUGGUUUACACAUCAUAGCAGUGCACUUAAUGAAAUAACCAGCUGCACAGUUGAUGCUGAAUGUCCACAAAAGCAAGAUAAAUGUUGUCAAUCACAAUGCAAACAAGCCUUAUUUAAUAAAGCAAUCUUGCCCCCGAUUCCAACAGUACGUAUUUUAGAAGAAAAACAUCCGCCAUCAUUUCUUGUUUCUUGGAAUAAUAACGAAAUAGAAGUCAGUAAUCUUAGCUUACCAACCGUGUACGUACUACAAGUCAAAUCCUAUUUUGGCCCGGAAUAUGAUAACCGUAUGUCAAGUCCCUGGAAAACAUUAGUUGUGUCUACAUUAAAAGGUGCCCAACUAAGUGAUCCUGCUGUUGGUUGGUGGUAUCAGUUUCAAGUGGCAGCAGUAAAUCAAUGGGGUUCUCUUGGUUUUGACACUCCAUCUCCACCUGUACAAUUAACAACUCUUCAACCUAGCCCUGCAUCACCUCCAAGAGACUUGGCCGACGAAUUGUUAACACUACAAGCUAAUGGAAAAAUAAGAGUUCAGAUUCACUGGAACAGUCCAGCAACUACCGUAUUACCAGUUACUGAGUAUAGGAUCUCUUGGGGUCCUGAUUCUGCAAAUAUAGAUAAUAAUCAUAAAUUCACUGAAUAUCCUACUCAAUUUGUACAUACUGUUCCAUCGUCUCAAACAAAUUAUCAGCUGACAAAUCUUUAUCCUGGAGUACUGUAUCGAAUUGAGGUAAUUGCAAUGAGUGAAUGGGGUUCAACUCAACUUAGAUCACAACCAAAUACUUUGUUUAUUCAUACUCCAAACGUAGAUUCAAUCCAAGAUCAUAGAGAAGAUUCCCUAAUUGCCAACUUAAAGAAAAUUGAUACAAACACUGUUCAACAUCUAAAAAACAAGAAGUAUUUGAACCAUUAUGAUGAGUCAUACUCUGAAGACCACCUUAACCACAACUCAGGUAAAUCGGAUGUUUCUUUUGUUUGUAAUGGAACUAGUAAAAGUUUAGUAUUUAAAAGUUCAUUACCAUCUGAUUCAUCAAUUAAUCAUAUAAAUAUUAAAACUGCAGAAUUAUCAAUGGAAACUGAUGUAGCUGUCUUUGAUGGACAUGGUUUAAUAACUGAACUCAAAAUAUAUGAAUAUGAUUUAAAACAAACAUCUAAAACAGAGUUAAAUCAACAAACAAUGAGUUCACGUCCAUUAAUUGUUCGUUGGACGCCACAAGUUUGCAUUGAAACUGUCAUUGUCACUGGUAAUAAUAUAGAUGAAACAAAUUCCUUUCAAUCAGAAGCUUUAAUAGCCAAUAAUAUUGAUCAAUUUACUAAACCUUCAUAUUCUCAAAUAGAAAAUGCUGGACGGCGUAAAGAAUCACUGAAUUCAAAUGAAAAAUAUAUUUUAUUGAAUCCAGUAAAACAUGGAGUCAACAAUCAUAUUGACGGUAAAAGAUUCAAAAAGCCCAUUUUAAGACAUGCAACAUUACAAUUAACGAAUCUUAACUUUAAUUGUCGUUAUCUAAUUGAAUUAUUGUCUGAAAAACAAGAAUCAUCUAAACGAUCGGACAAAAAAAUUCACCCUGUCUAUACAUCUGGGUAUAAUGUUGAACUUUCUGCAUGGUUGUGUACACCAGCAUGUUCCACAGUCAAAUUAGCUUCAUGGAUUAAAAAACCAAAGUGUCUAGGUACUACACAAGUUUUAGAUAUUAUAACAGAACCAAAAAAUUUAUCAUAUAAGCAAAUAUCGGUAACGCCAACGAUCAGUUAUAAUAUAUCUUGGAAGUCAGGUGCACUUGUAUCAAGAUCUGGGAGUUAUCAACAAUUAACUACUCAAGAAAUCUACAGUGACAAGACUAGUAAAAUUAUUUUCCCAGUGCACCAUAGAAUUAUCUGGGGACCAAGUCGAGAUACUGCAAUGAAAUCAGUUGUAUGGAAAUCAUGGCCAAAUCUUCGACCUCGAAUUGAUCAUACAAGAGCUGAAACAAAAGUAUUACGAAACAGUGAAACAUCUAUAGUAUUGGAUAAUCUUCUACCAAAUACAUUAUAUGUGGUUAGUUUACAAGCAAUGACUGGAGAGCAUUAUAUACCAAAUAAUGAUAAAAUAUAUAUAAAGUCUAAAAUUAAUAAUAAUAAUAAUAAUGUGGAUCAUAUGCAAAAAAUAGAUAUGAAGCCAAGUCUUCUCUCUUUUCAAUCAAUGAAUUCAAAAGAUUUACACCAAUCGAAACCAUCAACACAAUAUUUAGGAUCUAGUAAAGAAGUUUAUCUAGUUUUUGAAACUCCUGAAGAUUCAAAUAUAUUCAAAGAAAAUGGGAAAUUAAUUGAUUCUUCAAAAGGAUUCCGAAGUUCAUUAGAAAAUGGUUCAUCAAACGUACGCCAAACAGUCAAAGAGUUAAUCCACUAUGCAGUCUAUCUGGCUUUAACAAGACUUAUAUUAAAUUACCAAAUUUUAAAUGUAUGAUCAGUUAUAAAACAAUAAUUUAGAGAUACAACUGUGUAAAUUGCAAACUAAAUCUCACUUAUUUUCUAUAUAUAUGUCCUUUGAGGCUUUUUUGGCACUUAUCUUACAGCAUUUCUUUAUAUCAUUCACCUGUAUUCCUUUUUGUUAAUGGAAUAUGACUUUUUAUUUAUGUCUUUUGUGUUUGAUAUCCGAAUCGCCAAGCCAUAUACAUGUUAAAAGUCGGAGUAAGGAGAAUACAAGAAAUGUGACACAAAUUGAUAGAUCUUCCGUAUGAACACUCUUACAUUUUAAAAUCAAUCAAAUAAUGUGGAUUUUAUUCAGUUCUUAGUUGUUACGUAAUGAAUGAAGUAUGUAUACCAUUCAUUUAUUGAAGUUUAACCAUGAAUACAAACUAUACUAUAAAUAUUCUAUGUGAUAAUUCUUAUUCUUUUGUUCUUUUCUUUUUUAAUGGAAUGUAAAUUAUGCUAUUCAAACCAUGAAUUCAUAAAACUAUUCACUUUAAGUUGUAUAUACAAAUCUUAAUUUAUUGAUUCAUUUUCUUUUAAUUCACUUAAUCUACAUUAUCUUACAAACAUAUCUGUGAUAUUGCAUUUAUUCUGUAUAGUUGACAGUUCUUUCGGAAUAUUACUAUUCCUAAUCUUUCUUUUUUGGUUGGUUCUUUCUGUUUUCAAAUAUUUAACAUCUAUCAGAUGUUAAAUGUUGCCUUUCGUAUAAAUCUAUUUGUAUAAAGAUCUUCAGUAAACAUUCAGUUGAGGUCUAUACUGAAUGGCGUAAAAGGCAAUAAAUAAAUAAUUAUUACAUUAUAUACAAAUUUUAUUGUUGAUAUUGAACAUCAUGUCAUUUAAAAUUAAUUCUCUGAUGAUUGUAAUAAAAAACAAAUUAUUG